AUGGCCUGGGUUGAUAUCGCCAAUGAUCUUUUAAGGAGUUGUCACAUAAACCAGCACAUAAAGCAGCUUUCGGAAUGUGGUGCUGAUGUGUUCGUUCGUCUUUAUGAAUCAAUUUUAGGAGAAAAAGUACCAGAUUUCAUAGCGACCCCUAGAAGCCAAGAAGAUGAUGCACAUAAUAUACAGGCAGUGAUAGAUUCUCUGGCAUUGGACUACUUGCAGGUCAGCUUGUCACACAUCACUGGUGAGAACAUUGUGAAAGGAGAAAGGGAAUCUAUCAGAAACCUCCUUGAAAUAUUUGAUGGUUUGCUAGAGUAUCUUACAGAAGAAGUCAGUGAAGCCGCUUUUCAGAAUGGAGAUGAUGCACAUUUUCUGUCUAAUAACAAAAUUCAAAAUGCACCUCAAGAGCAGCUAGAAAGUGAUGCUGGUGAACUUGCACUGCCUUCAAAACUCUCAUCAGUUAUUAAAGGGUCUCAGUCGGAAACUGUUGUUCAACCUUGUGAUGUGGAUGGAUCAGGAUCUACUAGUGAAUUAAUUAGACUUGGGAAUCCCGCUCAAUUGGUUUCUGAGAAGGAGGAAGGAUCAACAGAGUCUGUUCAUACCACUGAAUGUCACAAAGAGAGUUUAAGUUCCAGUGCUAAAAAGCUUGGGGAGCCUAUACGCCAAGCUAUUCCUUUGCUACCACCGUUUCAGCCUUCUGAAACCAGGCCCCCUUAUCCUGUAGGGGGAGAUUAUCAAAGCUCUGACAGCCAGUCAGCAACUUUGGUUAACAGUAAAGGACUGGAAACUCCUACACUUGAGGCAUCACUUGCACAAAAAUCUGAAGGCAUUUCUGGAGGUGUUCCUCUGUCAAGGAAAAGCCCUGUGAGAGACAAGGCGGUCUCAAGUGGUGCUGAGGACAAUGUGGCAAAGGUUUCUUGGGUAUAUGGAACUUCCCCAUCCACUUCCCCCUUACACGAAGAACUCUCAAUAGGCACUGAACAAGUAACACAAACUACAGGAUCUGAAUCAAGAUACCUGCCUGGAAAGAAAAGCAGAUAUGUAAACUCUCCCACAGACUCACUUGAAGAGUCUAUUUCCCACAGAAAGACAAAGGAAAAAUUAUCUGAGCAAGAUCUACAUGAAAUGUCAGAAAAACUCUCUCGCAGGUUAAAUGAACUAGAUCUAAUGUUAAAGAGAGCUUUGGGUGAGCAUACCAGAGAAGAGUUGACGGAUGAAGAUAACCUUUCUCAGCACAGUGACAGUGUCAUGGAUUAUCGUAGAAGGAAAACUCAGCUAGAUACACCGCACCUAAAAAGGUACCCAAGCAGGCCACGCUCUCUUUCUCCAUCCUCACCCCCAUCUCAGCAUCAACGUUCUUCUGGGUUACAAGAUAUGCUUUGUAGAGCUGAAAAAGGCCAAAUGGGGAAAAUAGGCAGCCAAUUGCAAAAAGAAAGGGAUGAAAAAAGAAUAAAAGCAAAGCUGGUGACUAAAGCCUAUGAAGAUGAAUUAAGAAUUUAUGAAGCUAGAGAGAGGCUUAGGCUCUCCAAGCUCAGAGAAAAAGCCAACGAAAUGGAACAAGAAUACAAAGAAAACAUCUUUAAAGAACCUCCAAAAACGCCUCAGCCAGUGAAAGUUUAUUCUAGAAAAACCACACCUCGGAAUCCCAAAUACAGCCAGUGGAUUCCAAAACGAGGGACUGUGAAGCCAAAGAAAGCAGCCCCAAUGAAAGUAAAAGAUGAUGAGCUCCUAUUUCUGCUACUGGAAGAGUUUCCUCACCUGCAUGUUUCCCACCACACCAUGAAUAAAAUGUGGCGGCAGCAGCUCGCACAGAUUGAACAACUUAAGGCAGCUUCUUCUGGCAAAGACAGAACUAGACUGAAACUCCAAAACGAAGUUCAACAAGCCCUGAGGAAGCAUGAGCUUCUUGUUGACAUUAUUAAAAAAGAUCAAGACCAUACCAAGAGGCUGCAAGAAUUUAAGCAACGCAUCUAUCGACAGAAAUGGGCUCAAAACAAAGUCAGAGAAAAACGCCAGCAAAUUGCUCGAGCCAGGAAAUACUAUGACGAUUACCGGGUUCAGCUGCGUGCCAAGAUGAUGAGGGCCAGGACACGGGAAGAAAGGAUAUUUAAAAGCCUUUUUGAAGAAGGCUUAGAAAUUCAGAAGCAAAGACUGAAGGACCUGAGAACGUAUGCUCAAGAGAAGCGUGCUGAGCAAAGGAGAGAGCAUCAGAAUGAGUUGGAGUCUAUGGAGAACUAUUACAAAGAUCAGUUUUCCAUGCUAGCAGAAGCUUUAUCUCAAGAACGCCAAGAAAUCCAAACCAGAGAGAAAGCACAAGCACAAAUGCUGCAGAAAACAAAAAGAGAACUGAGAUCAAAGAUGGAAAAGGAAAUUCAGCAACUGCAGACGAUGAUAACGCAAAACGAUGAGGACACCUUUUUUCAAGAACUAGAAGCAGACAGAUUGAAAUCUAGACUUCAGAUGGCUUCCUUUCAGUAUAGCAAAAGCCCAUUCUUGUAAGACUUGUGGUAAAUAUCACUGCAGUUCUCUUUCUGGGUAAGAUGAUGGGAAUUUUUAAGAGAACUGCCAUAACUGGAGGAUAGUGUGUGGGCUACUAUACUGUAAAAUACCUGUCUGUCAGCUUGACACGUCAAAGGUAUAAAGCACUUUUAAUGAUAACUAAUAAAGUUCUACCUUCUUUGCGAGGCUGGGAUAAUGUUGACCUUAACGCAUAGGGAAGGAGCAAAGUGGAUGCUUUUUAGUGAAGUGAGCAAAGUGAUCGCUACCCUUUACUUGUGGAACAGCUGAAUAUUGAAACCUGUAGUGGUUUUAUUGCUGGAGUAAAAAAAAAAAA